GCCGGUGUUCUGAUGGCGGAAUUGAUUGGUGGUCGCCCGGAGGAAAGUAGCAAGGAGCAAGAUGAUGAGGGCUGGAGGGACGGCAAUUGGUGGGUUGAUAGAGAGGAUGAGGCAAAGUGGAGUGUGAAGGGUACUGAGGUUCUGGAGUUGGGCGCGGGUAAUGACUGCACGAUUUGAGCUGAAAGAGACGGU